GUGACCGGCUGGCCCCUCACGCGCUGGAUGAAACAUGUCAGUCCGGUGGCCGCUGACUCGUUGAUGUGACCCAGCUCGGCGGCACUAUGUGAAUAGACACCGCAGGGGAAAGUGAAAGGAAAGCGGCGUUGGAUAAGGCAACGGCUCCUCUUUUCUUUUUGUAAUUUUUUUUUUAUUUUAAUAUAUAAAAAUUUUUUUUUUGGUGUGUAUCUGGAACUUUGAACGUCAUCCUCACGCGGACGAAAUAGCACUUGACCUCUCCCGCCCCUCUUCGUACCUCUAAACGCCGUCCAUUAUGUUAUUGCCAAGUGUCGUUAUUUUCACCUUCUCCCCCUUUUUGGUACUCGUGGUGGUCUGUCAUCUGCCCCAGCUGUCCGCACAGAAACCGACCGGUCCACGGUGGCUGAUAGGAGACCGGGACAGCCACUGCGGGGUCGUGUGCUCACGGACGCAGGGGAAGCCCGUGUGCGGCUCUGACGGACGGAGCUACGACACAAGCUGUGAACUGCAGAGGGCGAAAUGCAAGGACCGGACCCUGACGCUGGCACAUCGUGGCCGCUGCCGAGGUGAGACGCUCCCUGAUCUGUCUGCAGGUAAAAAUUGGGUGAGGAUCGAUCAGCCACCAGUGGCUCCUGUGCCAACCUCGACCUCGGAGGGGACAGACCUGGAGCUGAAAGAAGCAGGCCAGUCGAAGUGCCGCGUUGAGAGGAUCCAGGCUCUAGAGCAGGCCAAGAGGCCCCAGGAGGCCAUGUUUAUCCCAGAAUGCAACGAGGAUGGAACAUUUGCCCAGGUCCAGUGCCAUACUCUGACCGGUUACUGCUGGUGUGUGACGACGGAUGGGAAACCAGUGAGCGGCUCCUCUGUGCACAACCGCACCCCAGUGUGUUCAGGAAACUUCCGUGAAUUUAUGGGAACUCAUGCUGGGACAAGCGGCUUGUCAGGGUCAGUGACUGACAAACCCCCUGGGCCCCCCAGCUCCGGCAGAAAAGAUGAUGGCUCCAAGCCAACGCCCACCAUGGAGACUCACGUCCUGCCCGAGGGUGACGAGAUCACCGCGCCGACCCUGUGGAUAAAACAGCUGGUCUACAAGGAGAACAAGCAGAACAGCUCCAGCACCAGGAGGCUAGAGAAAGUUCCUUCCUGCGACCAGGAGCGACAGAGCGCGCUGGAUGAGGCCCGGCAGAACCCCCGCGAGGCCAUUUUCAUCCCGGACUGCGGGCCCGGGGGCCUCUACAAGCCGGUCCAGUGCCACCAGUCCACAGGCUACUGCUGGUGUGUCCUGGUCGACACGGGUCGGCCCAUCCCCGGGACCUCCACCAGGUACCAGACCCCGGAGUGUGACAGCGCUGCAAGGUCUCGUGUCUCCGACACAGAAGAUCCCUUCCAAGGCAGGGACCUGACUGGCUGCCCCGAGGGGAAGAAAGUGGAAUUUAUUACAAGCUUGUUAGAUGCCCUCACCACAGACAUGGUGCAAGCUAUAAACUCACCAGCCCCCUCCAGUGGUGGGAGGUUUGUGGAGCCUGACCCCAGCCACACCUUGGAGGAACGGGUGGUGCACUGGUACUUCGCCCAGCUGGAUGGCAACGGCAGCCAUGACAUCAACAAGAAGGAGCUCAAGCCUUUUAAACGGUAUUUAAAGAAGAAGGCCAAGCCCAAGAAAUGUGCCCGAAAGUUCACCGACUACUGUGACCUGAACAAGGACAAGGCGAUCUCUCUGCAGGAGCUCAAGGGUUGUCUGGGUGUCAGCAAGGAGGGUACAGGCCCUACAAACAGCAGCAACCAAGGAACAAGGCAAGGGGCCAAGGGACAAGUGGGUCGUCUGGUGUGAGGAGAGAGGCUUCCAGAAACCGAGACGCCGAGAGCAGAGGGCACAGAGGGAAGGCAUCUGCACGCUUGCUGACAGGAAAAAGAAAGAUGGAGCAGAAAAAUCCAGUUCCCGAGUUAAAAGACGAGAGAGAGAGAGAGAGAGAGAGAGAGAGAGAGAGAGAGAGAGAGAGAGAGAGAGAGAGAGAGAGAGAGAAACGAGACGAGAAACAAAGUGGCGCCAAAAUAUUUGCACUUUCUCUUCCCAAUGUUUGACUUUUUUUUGUUUUUUUUGUUUUUGUUUAUGUGUUUUGUGAUUUAUUUUUUUUUCUUUCUGUUGAUGCAACUGAAGAAGCUCUCGGUACGGAGGAGAGUAGGUACCCAUGUAAGAGACGACACCCACCACUGGACCAGCGAGUACGUUAAUGUAAUCUCACCACCCCCCUCCCCCCCCCCCGUGUGUAUUCAUUCUGCUGAUAUUAACACCCGUCUUCCAGUAACAGCAUCAGUUUGUGGCUACUUACUAACAACGGCAACUUAAGAAGUGUACUCGCCGCCGCCGCCGCAGAGUAACGCCGCCUGUGUUUUGAUGACGUAGAGAGAACAGCGGCGGCGUAGGACCGGCUCCAGCGAGCGUCUCCCGGAAACUAACACCACCUGCAGCGAGCUGCAGCAUUAUGUGAACUGUGUGUAUUAAAGUGAAGCUGUGAGACUGAAGUGUGAAGCAUCAGUGCGGACUUGGCUGUGUGGACCCCGUAGCGCCGCACCGGACGCGGCGUGGAGACGCGAGC